AUGGAAGAGCACAAUGCUUCAGUCAUUCUUCUGCAGGCAUAUGACUUUGAAAAAAGGUUUGAUGACCAAGAAGCCAUUCAAUGGAUGCAGGAGAACUGGAGAAAGUCCUUCUUUUUCUCACUUCUAUACGCUGCUGUGAUAUUUGGAGCACAGCGUGUCAUGAAACAAAGGAGAGGGUUUGAACUGCGCAGGCCUUUGGUCCUUUGGUCCUUUACCCUUGCAAUAUUCAGUAUCAUUGGGGCAAUCCGCACUGGUUGGUACAUGAGCAACCUACUCCUUUCCAAUGGGUUCAAGCAAUCUGUCUGUGACCGUGGUUUUUAUUUUGGGCCUGUUAGCAAGUUUUGGGCAUACGCCUUCGCCCUCAGUAAAGUUCCUGAGCUUGGUGACACUUUGUUCAUUGUCCUACGCAAGCAAAAGCUAAUUUUCCUUCACUGGUAUCAUCACAUCACUGUGUUGCUCUACUCUUGGUACACGUAUAAAGAUACGGUAGCUGGAGGAGGUUGGUUCAUGACCAUGAACUACACUGUCCAUGCCUUCAUGUAUUCUUAUUAUACACUGCGUGCUGCAGGAAUUCACGUGCCACGUCCAUGUGCCAUGUUCAUCACAUUCACCCAGAUCUUACAAAUGGUUAUGGGCACUUUAGUCAAUGUCCUUGUGUAUAAAUGGAUGCAAAGUGGGAAUGGGAUAUGCUCAAGCAAUUUGGGGAACAUUUUCUGGUCAACGCUGAUGUACUUAAGCUACUUUAUUCUUUUCUGCAGCUUCUUUUAUAAUUCUUACUUGAAACCCCCUAGAAAAAAUAAGGGUGAUUAACCUGAAAUGAAAUGCAUCUCUACCAGCUAACAUUUCCUAAAGUAAAAUGUGACUAGGGACUACAUAUUAUAUUAAUAUUUUGAGUAAUGUUCUAUGCAAUAUUUGUCAUAUGCCUAUUGCCAAUUUUAUAAGUAGAUUCAGUAGUUUGGUGUGCCGUGAUAGUUAUCUUUAGAAAUUCUCAGAACAGACCUACGCCCACAUAUGCAUCCUGCAGCUGAAAGGCGUGCCAGCAGUAAACAAUGCCCAACAAUUUAUUUUUAUAUAGGUAUUCAUACAUUUUAAAGUUUAUUUUGUACCUUCUUCAGAAUUUGACUGGUUAAGAUACUGUCAGUGGAACACUACUACAUAUAAAACAAGAAUAAGGCAGCAUGUCUGAUACAUAUGUAGGAGGAAAGUUUUACAUAGGGUUUAUGAAGAAUUUGUCAACAGCUCUGAUGGUCCCUAAGACCACUUUAUAUGUAGUACAUGUGUUUGUCUACGUAUGUACACCCAUACAGUAAUUAUAUGUUUAAGUUUCAUACGUACAUUGAGAUCUAUCACUAUUUGGACAUGCAUAGGCAGACAAGCAUCUCUGCAUUGUGCUCCCCAAUGUCUCAGUUAGGCCUCAUGCACAAGUCAGAAAUGAUAUGGCGUCACAUGCAACUCUAUAACCUGGUGGAUGUAUAUAUGUCAAUAAUAUUUUCCCUAGAAGAGUAGCUCCAUAAUAUGGCAUUCGACAAAUGCUGACAAUUAUGUUUUUAUUAAGAAACAUCAUUGCUUACAGUCAAAUAACACUGUUACAUAACAAUUCAGGUAUUAUAUUGAAUUAAGACAAAGGCCAUAAUGGUCAUGUGACUUCUAUCCAGUGGUUGCGGCAAUGAUGCUACUAUAUGAUACUUAAGAAUAGAGCAGUAGCUUACAGUUCCUUGGCCGUGGUGUAAUAUCUGUACUACUUCAUAAGCUUCAUGAGUCAAUCACUUCACACUCUGUAGGAAUUAUCAAGAGGUACAUUUGUAUUCAUUUGUAUAGUAAGAGAGCUCUGACCACAUGAAACACCAUCAUAACCUCUUUACAGUACUAGUAUUAGGUAUUAUUGGACUCUCUCAAGCACCAGGGCCCAUAUUCACCUUACUGCAUAGUAGCUAUAUCAUGAUAUAUAAUUGGCAUUGUAGCUCUUGUCUUGAACCAAUUAUUUUUUCAUAUUCUGUAUAGUGAGUGUACUAAUAUCUACUUAUGUCAGCUCCUGUACUUUUUGAAGAUGUAUUUUGUAGACUUGAAGACUAGAGCAAAAAAAUUUUUUUUCAAUUGGUCUUUAUUAAAUAUUUUCAGCCAUUUUCCCAGCAUAGCUGUUAGCUUCUGUGUAUUUGCAGGGUAGCAGUCCUGGUCUGGGAACUUAUCUGGCAGCUAAUGUGAAGCCCUUAUGUCUGGAGUCCUGACAGCACAUAAACACUCAUUAUAUCUCAAUUCUGAUAAGAAUAAUAAGUGUUUAUGAGCUGUCAGGAGUCCAGACAGCUAUCAGAUAAUUUCCCUGAUGGGAAAAAGAAAGCACACUACACUGUAAAUACACAGAAGAUGACAGCUAUUCUGGGGAAAUAGCUGUUUUAAAAAAAAAAUAAAGACCAAUUGAAAACAAUUAUUUUUAGCCCAAAAUAAGUAGAAUGCAAUAAUAAAUAAAAAAACUCUUCUAAAAGUGUUCAUAGCAUUUAAAUAUCACUAAUUUAUUGAAAAAUUGUAGUGUGCUGCUAACCCCUUUAUACCAUAAUGUUAAGUACGUAGAUUUGUUAAUCAUAAAAGUAUUUAUUAACAUGUUAAAUACUAAAUGGUGCUCAAAACUAGUGGACUAAACUUGUUCAAUUUGUGAAUUAAAGGGGUUGUCUUAUUACGGAUAACCAUAAAGUAGUGACAGCAGCUGACCCCAAGCAGUGUAUUCCCCCUAUGAUAUUUCUAUGCCCUAAUAGGACAUAUAGACAGUUAUCUUUAUGGGAUAGCCCCUACAAGUCUUCACUUGAGUUUUAAAUGGAAAGGUUCCUUGGUAUGAUAACAUUCACGUUUAUUGCGCUUACCUGUUGCACACAUUUUUCACGUAAAAAAAAACGUACUAUAUGGUUUUACACAAAAAAAAAACGUUGUCUCGUAGUCCAAUAUUGAUCAGGUUUGUAUCUAUAUAGAUUUAUCAUACAGAUAGCAUGUGGUACAUGGACUUGGAUCAUAUGUGAAUAGAUAGAAAACAGAAGAAAUAAGUGGAGUAUCCCAAUGCCCAGUGAAAGUUUCCAGCUGGCAUCCUAUUAUCUUUGUGCCCAGCAAUUCUUCAAUGAAGAAAUGGGUUUUCUCAUGAUCAACAUAUUUUAUCACCAUGUUGUGAAUUAUCCCAUUUUCUGAUAGAGAAUAAUCAAUGCAUUGGAAUAUGAAUAUGAUAAGGUUGUUAUUUAUCAGGUAAAUUGUAUAUAUACAGUAGAGUAACAAAUUUAUUUUUUUGAUCAGGAACUAAUGCACAAAUAUGUC